GAAAAGCAUGGUGGGGAUGACUUCAAAUAAGACAUUCAUUUUCUACGGUAACUCACUUACAACGUUGCUGUCGUUCGUAUCGUGUCAAGGAUGAAGCCGCAACAAUUCUUAGGAAUUUUUCUGAGUUUAAUCGGUUUGGUAUUAGCGGACGUAGCAUCGGAAUUCAAAGAAGCGAAGAUUCAACCUGAUAUUUUGGACAGUGUUCCCAAUGAAAAAAUCGAGGUGAAGUAUGGUAAAAAUACGAUUGAUCUAGGAACCGAAUUGACGCCUACUCAAACGCAAGAAAUUCCAGAAAUUCAUUACAAACAUGUGGGAGGACUUCUUUAUACUCUUAUUAUGACAGAUCCUGACGUACCAACGAGAGGAUACAAUAGAGAGUUCCGUCAUUGGAUUGUUGGAAAUAUACCUGAAGAAAACGUUGCUAAGGGUGAAAUUCUUGCUGAAUACGUAGGUCCAGCUCCACCUAAGGAUAGUGGAAAGCAUCGUUAUGUUUUUCUUAUUUAUAAACAAAAUCAAGGCGCCAUUACCUUCGACGAGAGAAGAUUGAGUAAUCGGGAUGGCAGAUUCCGUGGUAGAUUUUCAACGAAGAAGUUCGUGGAAAAAUAUAAUUUGGAGGGACCGAUAGCAGGGAACUUCAUGAAAGUGGAAUACGACGAUAACGUGCCUUCUUAUCACAAACGUUUAGGAUUGUAGAGUUUUUGCAUUAUUUUUUCUUUUUUCUCUCUUUUCUCUUCUUUUAUUUCUUCCUUUUUUUCUUUUUUGAAACAACAAGUUCUCUCCCUGCACCCCCUUCAAAAAAAAAGUUUUUGUCUUUUAUACGAAUGGAAAGUAUUAAUAUAAUAAUGGUAAUGAUAAUGAUAAUGAUAAUGAUAAUGAUAAUGAUAAUAAUAGAAUCGAAAUAGAACGUUAGUUCUUCGAUGUAUCUCUCGUAUUUAUCUCUUUUCCUUUCUUCUUCUUCUCUUUUUUUUUUUAAUUUUGUUUUCUUUUUAUUAAUCUGACAUUUUUAUUUUUGCUUUCAUUUCUUUUUAAUCGUUUUAUAAAUAUAAAAUGUACAGGGUAUUACAAUCCUAAUCUCUCCGUGGCGAGAUACGUUAAAGAUGUCUUGAGUAUCCCUAUCUAUGGUAAUAAAUGCUUAGCCUAAAAUGCUUACGUUCUACAAUAUUGAUUAUUUUCGUACAAUUAGUUCUCUCUCUUUCUCUCUCUCUCUCUUUUUUAAACGUUCUUUUCUUUUCUUUUCUUUUUUUUCCUCUCCCUUUAUUUUACUUUUUCUUUUUGUAUCGAUACGUUAUUACAUAAUAAUGACUAGCAGCGUUAGAUAAUAUUUCAUUCGAUCAAUGACAAACGAUUUUUAAUUUUUAUUUCAAUCGAUGUUAAUCCCGUUAUAACACGAUGAAGUUAAAUUUAUUAAUAGUUAUUCGGUUAAUUGGAUCAAAUGAUUAACGAUUAGACGGAGUAAUCAUUAUCAAAUGAAAUUAAUGUUUAUUUAUAUAUAUAUAUGCAUGUGUGAUAUAUUUAAUCAGUUUGCAAGUUUAUAAAUAAAAUUAAAAUGCGAAUUAAUGAUUGUCAAGUCUAACAAACAAUCGUUCGUUCAUUUUCUCGAAGUUUUCGUAUACUCGUAAAUUGACGAAUUUCUUCGCCGUAAAUUCUUAAAUAAGAAAUUUUUAAAACGUUUAAUUACAAAAUAAAAUCAUUGUUGAUCAAUUAUCUCGUAUAGUCUUCAUAAAUAAUUUAAAUAAUGUUUCAUACAUCUCCUUGUGAUACGACGAUAAUUAUUUAAUUAGCCUUUUCGUCUUUAUCGCAGAUUCCUAAAUUGGUAAAUUUUUUUUCGCGCAGGCAUUAAAUCUUUUUAACGAUUAAUUGCAAAGUAAAAAGACCUUCUUUAUCGUAUUAAUUAAUUUAUUACGUUUCUGUGACUCGACAAUCGUCGAUUCACUUUUUCAUUUUAUUCGUAAAUUCAUUCCGUAGUUUGACUAAUUAAAACUAUUGAUAAAUUUUUAUUAAAAUUAUUGAAAAACACACGUUAUAAUAUCUAAUUUCCUUCUUUUUCUUUUUUUUUACACACACAUACACACACAUACA